AUGAAAAAAUCGAGCGAUCUGACUAUUGUAAAUAUAUUUUAUUGACUUUAUUAGAAAACUACAAACGAAUCAGAAUCUCGUAAAUAUAAUAGUUUUAAUCCUAAAACUCCCAUGUAAGCUACCUUUAAUCGUACUCAUAUUCGACAUCCAAUCAAGGAGUAUUUUCCAAAUAAAUAACACACUCAACACACUCAACAUACUCAACAUACAUCAAUUUAAAAUACGUAACCAAGCAUUAAGUCUCCACCCAAUUCUAAACCUAUAAGUCUUGCUAAUGCUUGUAGUAACAUUGAUUUUAUUUAGUAUCUCUUUUGUCAAAGGAUGAAACUAAUCCUACUAGUAGACGUAAUAGUCGUAGAUUACAUACAAAUCAAUUAAAGAAUAUUUUAGCAUAAGAAAAGGUCUCCCUUGAUAGUGUUCGUAAUUAAUUUGAAUAAAUUAUAAGGUUUCAGCACUUAAUUCUAAAAUCCAUAACCUAUCAUUUAAUUAUUCACAUAACAUAAUUCACCUAAAAAGAGUUUAAAAACUAGUCCAGAUACAAAGCAUCCCAUUAUAUAGGAGACAUUCAAAAAUCGUAUAUCACAUAAAUUGUCUGGACAUAUGUAAGAAAAAAUUGAAUAAAUACCUUAAAUUACGUCUGAUUCAGUUAGAUAGAGAAUUUCAACCUUAAAACAAAAAUUAAGAGGGAAUAUUUAAUAGAGAUAUUAUAAGUUCAAUAAUAAUUUUACAAUAAAAAAUCCAAAUACAUUUUAAGAAGAUAUUGAGUACAAAUUUACCAAAUAACCUAAACCAUAAUUACCAUAAACACCUCCUAUUGUUUUAGAACAUUAUUAAUCUUAAUUGUCUGAAUUUGAAAAGAAUGAAAUUAAAGAUAUUGAAAUAAUCUAUUAUUUGAGACCUGAAAAUGUAACACUACCUUAAGAUUCUGAAUACAAUAAUGGAUUUGAUACAGAAAAGUAUUAAUAUUAUUUAUAUCAAUAGAGGUGAUUAUAUGUUUAGAUAACAUGAUCAUAUCAUUUAUCGUUAUGAAAUGUUAGAAUAAUUAGGUCAUGGCAGUUUUGGAUAUGUGUUUAAAGUAUUGGAUCAUAAACAUUAAUAAAAUGUUGCUUUAAAAAUUAUAAAAAAUAAAGAAAAAUUUCAAAAAUAAGCAUUUAUUGAAAUUGAAAUCCUGAAAGUAGUCAAUAAAGCUGAUAAUAGUUGUUGCCUUAUUAAAAUGCUUAAUUAUUUUGUUUUUCGAAAUCACGUAGUAUGAUA